AUGCAUAUAUUAUGUACAAUAUGCAGUGAUUUAGUAAAUCAAGCUGAGAGUAUAUAUGUGACGAAAUGUGGCCACGUCUUUCAUCAUAACUGUUUAGCAAAAUGGAUUGCAAGGUCAAAAUCGUGUCCUCAAUGCCGAAACAAAGUGACAGAUCGGUGUAUGUUUCGCCUAUAUCCCACUAUAUCAAAUGAAAACACAGGGGAUGAUGUCACCACUCUACAAUCAAGACUUGACGAUGCGCAGUUACAGUUACGUGAACAAAAGACAUUAUGCAAGGAGAAGGAGGAGAGGCUGGCUGUAAUUGAUGCAGAGUUAAAGAAAAAUGAGGAACUCCUAAGAAUGUGUGAAAAAAAGAUAGUUGUCCGGGACUCUGCCGUUGCUGCAUUAAAAGAGCAACUUGAAUAUGUGAAAAUACAAAACAGGGAGACUCAACGCUUGAAAGAAGAGAAUGAGAGUCUGAAGAAGAAUAUACAAACUAUGAAUGGCCUACAGAAAGUUCUAAAUGCAACCACUGAUGAAGUGGAGAUGAUGCUGCAAGGGUAUUCAGAUGUAAAGACCGUCGCGACUUUUGCUACAGCACUGAAAAGGGCACUCCGUGAAUCUGAGUCCAAAAAAGCUGAAACCAGGGAUCGCCUCCAAGCAGUGAAGCAACAACUUGCGGCUGAAAAGAAUACAGUGGCCGACUUGCAGGCUAAGUUACGGUCAGCAGAAGAGCAAAUUGCCCAGUAUCGUAGAGAAAAAUCACAAGACAACAAACGUAACGCUGUUGAAGCGUUCGAUGGAAACACUACCAUAGCCGAGGAGACUGCGGUGAAGCUCCAGCGAAUCGAUCCACCGGAAACUAAAGCAGAGUGCGCUAGUAAUAUGAGUUUUACCACUCUAGUGAAUUCAAUAGAAACAUCGGAUUCGCCCUACCUGAGGCUGAAGCAAAGCAACCUGGCCCUUGCCGCAUUGCAGCAAAGGCAUCCGGUUAACGUACCUGAUAAAAGUCUUAAGCCAUCGGAGUUCGCGAUCCUAAACUCCGCGCAAACCUCACUCUUCAAGAAAUCCGACAACUUGUGCAACAAAGCAAAUGCACACAAACUCAGCAUCUUCCACAAGAAGGAGCCGGCAAAGGUUGACUUUGAGAUGUUCGAACAAGUUUCCGAUUUGGACGUCUCGUACGAUGGCUUGGGUGGGCAUUCUAAGCCAAGUCUGUUCCCAGUACCUUAUACAAAAUCAGCACUAAAAGCACUUAUCCCAAGAUUAUCUGCCAAGCACAAGCUAAAAAGGCCCAACACUGCCGGCAGUCAAGACAUUGGGAAAAUGUUGGAGAAAAUUAGAGAAAAUAAUGUUUGA